AUGUCCACAGACGCUCAGGCUGAACAGGAAAUAACGACAACCCUUUCAAAGGCUUUGGAGCCAUUUGACGACCAACACGCCGAUGUCAUCCUUCGUUCUUGUAACGGGACAGACUUCUACGUGUACAAGAGCAUCCUCUCCUUGGCGUCCCCCUUCUUUCGUGCUAUGUUCUCGCUGCCCGACUCCCACAACACCAACCCCCGCGAAGGCAACAAACCCGUCGUCGACAUGCACGAAGAUUCUACUGUCCUCGAUCCGCUCCUCCGAUUUUGUUACCCGACGAGUCCGCCGAAGCUCUCAUCCAGAAAGAUCUUCGACGAUGUCUUGUCUGCAGCAGAGAAGUUCGAGAUGCAGUUGUGCGAGAGAAUCGCAUCCUCAUACAUUGUCGACAACAUUGAUAGAAGGGAUUCUCCCUUGGAGUGCUAUGCCCUUGCGCAUAGGUUCGCGUUGCGGAAGCUGGCUAAGGAGAGUGCCCGGAGAUGCCUCGAACUGUCAUUGGACAAGAUAGUCGACCUCGGGCGGGACGCCGACCUAUCGCACAUGUCCUCAAAAGAUUACAACCGACUCUUGCAUUACUGUAGGGAAUGCAGAGACGCAUGUCAAGGAUUUGUCAACGGCCAGGACUUUUCAUGGCUUUCGGGACCCCCCGCCUCAGAGUAUGUGUUUACAACCUGUACAGCCUGUAAGGCAGACUCUUCGAGGAGGAGGAACAGUUGGAUAAGCAUACAACUCGGACCCCGCUCUCGCAAGGAUAUAUACGGAAAAGCAUGGUGGUUCGGACAUGUCGAGCGCAUAGCGAAGGCGUUUACCGCCAGUGGACCCGGCCCACUGGGCGUCGUCAAAGCCAUUGAUUUCUCAGAAGCAAUGACGGAUGCCGAUCCUUGUGACAGUUGCCGCUCCUCCGCAAUCAAGGACCUCCAAAAUUUCAGCGUGGCACUGGAUCGGCAAAUUAAUAUAGAAAUCGACAAGCCAUUUGACGACGAAAACGCCGAUACCAUCUUUCGCUUUUGCGAAGGUGUUCUUAUCAUCCAUUCAUCCAUAUUUCGCGACAUGUUCUCGUUACCUGACGUGCCCUGCGUCAGCCAGCAAGAGUGCGAUAAACCAGUCGUUGACUUCCAAGAACCUUCGUCUACGCUCGACACACUUCUCAGGUUCUGCUACCCGGCGCAGGUAUAUCCAAAGAUUUCGUCCAAAAAGAUCUUCGUCGACGACAUGGCCCACAGCGAAGAAAUUCGAGAUGGAAUUCUUGUACGAGCAGAUCGCAACGUCUUUCACCAAUGA